AUGGUUCUUCCCGCGUUCGGUUUCAGCGUAGGGGAUUUUCUCGCUGCCGGAGAGUUGAUUGUGAAAAUAUGCAAGGCGUUGAGGGCAGCUGGGGGCGCUGCCCCCCAAUACCAGCAGGUGAUUCUUGAACUGGAGAGCCUGCAGAGAUGUCUACGGUAUUUGCAAGAACUGGAACCUAAUGGAUACAAUAUACACCGUGUGAAUGCCCUCCGAGGCAUGGCUCUGUCUGUGAGGAUACCACUUGUGGAGUUCUUAGACAAGUUGCAUCAGCAUAAGGCAUUUAUGGGAGCGUUUGCACCAACGCGAUUACAUGGAGGUACUCAGCAAGCGAAAUGGGCAGUUGCAAUUACUAAAGAAGUUAAUGAAUUUCGGGCCAUUAUUGUUGCUAAGAUUGUAAGCAUCAAUCUUCUGAUUGCAAUACAGAGCUCAGAGACGGGUUAUGGGAUCGCGAAGACCCAGAAGGAACAUUACAGUGACCUGCGAACUGGAAUGUCGGAACUUCGACAAAGUAUUCUAGAAGCUCAAGCACAACAUGAAAUUAAUAAUAAGAAAUUGACACGAUUUGCCGCCGAUACACAGGCUUCCUUGAGUGAGAUUCGCACCGAAGCUGGUUACUUUGACUCAGAUAUCGACAAUUGUCUAGAGAUAUCAGCAGCGACUUCGUCCAUGCCCAUGUCUUUUAUGAGCAUCCAGGACCUAGGGAAACAGAUCAUCUCUUUCCUAAGCUCUUUCCCUAUGGAAAUGAGACACCUUUUUCGGAAGAUGCAUGUAUUCAAUAUGCAAAUAUAUUACAUUUUACUUCACCAACCGCGAUCUAUACCCGCAUCCCCAAAUGAGUUUCUGGAUGCCGGAAUCGAACUGCGAGAUUGUAUGGGUCGAAGAUUCCAACUACCCUACGAAUGGUUCUGCCGCUGGGAGCUACUCGAGGGCCUUUUGAAGAAUGAAUUCAGGGAUAAGCCUGCAGAACAAAAGGUGAUCAAUGAAGAAUACGAGCUUUACAAUACCUCUGAUAAUUGUCAGCUUGUGCGAAAAGAGGAUUGGGCUUAUUCGAUCCGCCCUGGUUCCACAAUAUUGAUGGCUAUAAUCAUAUCGCAGCUUCAAUGGAGGAUUGGAAUCUGUCCUCGACCAAGUUGUCAGAAGCCUAUUGACGCAGAGGUAGACAUUCUCUACGCUUGCCGACACUGCGGAUUGCAGUUUCUAUCAUCAACCUUGCACGGAGAUCAGAUCGAUGAAGGUUCUACGGUAUCACAACUGCAGAACGAGGAAGACCAUAGACUGUUUGGAGCCAGAGAGAUCCCCCUGAAUGCCUACGGUGGCACACAACCCCCUUUUCCCGAACAACGUCGUUCUACCGAUAGAUCGGAGACGCCGGAGAACGACCUCAGUGCUAUCCCUGAACGCCGAUAUGCGGUUAAAAGUAAACCAGAAUCGAUAUUUCAAGAUAAUAGCUCCGAUCAGUUGAAAAAGAUAACGCCAUUACAUUCCUGGUUCAGCAGUUUGGAGCCCCCGAAUGCGCCCCUAACUUUCGACAAUGGUGGUCAGGAUUUGCUGAACGAAACGACACCGACAAGCGAGCACCAACAAGUAGAGGAUUUUCAAAUCAUCUCAAUAAAGGCCCGUCCAGUCCCUGGGUCCGAAGUUCCCAGAGUGUACAACGUCAAGAAUACAAAGGAAGUCGAUGGCGCUGAAGACAUGCCAUUUGCUGCUCGUAUCUACUACAGGAACAUCCUCGACCGGUUUCCACACAUCUCAAAGCCCCUUGCGAGACGGUAUGCGGAUGCAAAUCUGCGCCGAGCGGAGAAACUCGGGAUCUCACGAGCUGAAAUCGAAGGAUAUAUUAAAGCCAAUCCGAACGUGCCUCAUUUGACUCCCGGCAGCGCUCGCCUAAACGUCCAAGCGAUAUGCUCUUCGUCCGAGGCAUCCCUGUCCCCAGAGACUGAGAGUGUUGAAGCAGUCGAUACGCCAGAAAUCCAAAGAGAGCCCUCAAGCCCGGGUCUUUCUACGCAUGGUUCCCACAGCGAAGAGACUAAGAUAUCGGUGCCGGAACCCUCAUUUUGGACUGGCAGAGCAAGGCCUUUAGGGUCUCAUUCUUCUACUUCCCAGUCAUCGAGUCGCAGUAGUUCACUUCAGAGUGGAGAUGCGCCUAGUACUUCGAUCGCUUCAACGCGUUCGUCCAUCGAACGGCCCUUGCCCAAUAUGGUGUUGCCGCCGCCACUAGUGGAGUUGGGAAGUCAGAAAUCUUUCUUUUGUGAUAUCUGCAGCCAGACAGUUUACAUUUUGCGGAGGAAGGAGUGGAGAAAGCAUGUAUUGUGUGACCUGCAGCCCUACGUAUGCUCUUUCGAAGACUGCAACACGGCAGGGAAGGUCUACUCAACUCGACGGGCCUGGUUUCAACACGAGCUAAAACGACAUAGAAACUCAACCAAGUAUUAUUGUCAGUUCAGGACGUGCAAAAGGGAGUUUGAAAACGGUCCUGCAUUCCGAAAGCAUCUUGGAAAAUCCCACGCAUUUACUAAACAAGAAAUCAUGGACCUCGACAUGAAAGAUGUGAAGAGAACUACGAAGGCGAAACAUUAUUCGUAUUGUACGUUCUGCGACAUGCACCUUGACGACGAGACCUCAAUCCCACGCCAUGUCGGGCGACACCUCGAGGAGCUUGCGUUUGUUAUUCUCGGAAAGCAGUACCAGGAAUGGGAAUUCUAUGAGGAGUCGUCCACCGGGACUGCCAUCUCAUCGUAUUCUAGUCAGCAUUGUCGCGCUAUUCGACAGGCGAUCCUGAACGGGGAUGUCGACACUCUUGUUGAGUUCCAAGAGCACGGCUACGAUAUCAUGUCCUUCCAAGACGCCAUCGGACAGGCUUGGGAGCGGGCUUGCUCUGAACGUAAGCAGAUGUUCGUUUGGUAUCUACUCAGACACGGUGCCCGACCUCCCAGUGCAUCCAUACUAUGGGCCGCCCAUGCCAGGGACGCCGAAAUGAUCGCUCUAUUGCUCCAAGCAGACUUGGAAAUUGAUCCCCACUUUCUGUCCUCUGUACUGGCUCGUGGAGACUACGAGCUGGCGGAAAUAUUGAUCAAGGCGUCACAGCAGGUAGGACGACCGCUUGAUUUAAACACCGUGCUUGGUGUCUUCGUCGAACCCGAUGCUGUGACUCCAGGCAUGGUUGAUAGAUUGCUAGAAUUCAUCCCCGCCACAACAGACAUGAUCGGGAGAUACACGGAUGCUUUUUACAGAGCAGCCAGGGCCCAAAACUAUGAACUAACGAAACUUUUUCUCGCGUUCAGCCAAUCCACGUGGCCCGAUCGCCUUGUCCGCGCACUAGAAAUUGUGCUGGCAGAUCAGAUUGACUGGGCAGGAUCCCAGUUCACUCCCCCCGAGCCUGGUUCUAAUACAGCCCUAAUAGCCCGGGCACUCGCGGACCACGCCUCCCGCGUAGUGUCCCAGCAGGACGCAAAGACAACUGCAAUGCACAUUGCGGCCUUGGACGGGCACACUGCCACUGUCCAUUAUCUUCUGCAUGCCGGAUGCAAUCUGAACGAACCCGACUGGGCGAACCGUUAUCCUCUCCACAGAGCGAUUGCGGGUGGUCACCCACGCAUUGGGAGACUGCUCCUGGCGUCUGGCGCGGAAAUUGACAUAAGCGCUGGUCGGGGGCAGUCCGUGUUCCAGUAUGCGAAUGCGAAGGGGUACUGGGCGGCAGAACUGGUGGAUGAUUUCAAAGCGCGAGGCCUAAGAAGUGUUGAGGGCGAUUCGCACAGAUCCCGGUGUUUACAUUGCGCUGGUGAAGAUGCUUUACGCCUAAGCGGCGGGCUAAAGAUGUCGUUGGUUCAUCUACCUCUAUUAAAGUGGAUUUCACGGCACAUUUCCUAG